AUGACACAGGCUGCCUCCUGGCUUUGUCUGCACUCACUUCUCUAUUGACAAUGCUGAUCUUAUGAAACUAGUGACUUGGAGCACUGACUGGCUGCCUGUUUUUCAUUCUGACGCACUUUGCUUUAUACAUUUGAUACAUCAUAGACUAACAGUGACACACCAGAAGACUUAUUUAGAGAAAAGGACUCUUAAAAUGUCAGGCAAAAACGUUCUGAUUGUGUAUGCUCAUCAGGAGCCAAAGUCAAUGAACGGUUCAUUAAAAAAUACUGCAGUUGAUGUCCUGAGUAAAAUGGGAUGCAGAGUUACCAUCUCUGACUUGUAUGCUAUGAAUUUUAAUGCAGCAGCAACCAGAAGCGAUAUUACAGGAGACCUAUGUAAUCCUCAGCAUUUCAGCUAUGGAGUUGAAACAAUGGAAGCUUUUAAGAAUGGAUGCUUAUGUGAGGACAUACUUAAGGAACAGAAUAAAAUUCAUGAUGCUGAUCUUGUCAUCUUACAGUUUCCAUUGUACUGGUUCGGCUUACCUGCAAUCAUGAAGGGCUGGAUUGAUCGAUGCUUUGUACAAGGUUUUGCCUUUGACACCCCAGGUUAUGAAACUGGAUUACUGAAGGGUAAACGAGCGUUACUUUCAUUUACGACUGGUGGAACAGAACAUAUGUUCAGUAAAGAAGGCAUAAGUGGUGAUAUCCGCUACCUUCUUUGGCCUAUUCAGCACGGCAUAAUGCACUUCUGUGGAUUUGAAGUCCUUGCUCCUCAAAUAUCCUAUGCACCAGAGAAUGUGAGUGAAGAAAGAAGAAAAGAAAUGCUGAACAAUUGGACUCAAAGACUAGAAAACAUUUGGCAUGAAAAUCCAAUAGAUUGUACACCGCCUUGGUACUUCCACUAGAUGGUUGGCGAAACAACAUAAUCAGUUUUUCUGCUUGAAAAGUAUUAACCUUUCCUCAGUGCUAUUGCUCUUUAGGGCCUUGGAUCAUGAGCAGAAGAAAGUGAUCAGGUUCCCAUGUUGUAAAUGAACCAGCCAAACUGUAUAUUGCAGUAAAAUUCAAAUUAUUGUUAUUAUUAUUAUUAUUAUUAUUAUUAUUAUAUGGAUGCCAUUAAAUAUUCUUUAUUGUAUUAGAAUAAUGUAAUGACAAACAAAACUCUGUCGAUUUUCUGCAUACGUAUCUAAUAAACGUCCAAAUAGUAGCUAUGUAAAAACAUAGAAAGAAUAGUUACCUACUACUCUGCUUUCCAGAAAUUGCUAUAAUUUGCAAUUCAUAGAAGGCAGCAUGUCAUUUCCUAUCAAUUUAAAGAGCAUCUGUCAGCAUAAUUAAUCCUAGUAAACCAGGGAUACUCCCUUGCUGGUACGUUGAUCAUGCUGUGACAUAUCUGUUGCAGUAAUCAGAUAUAUAGUAGAAAUUUGUACCUUUUUUGUAUGCCAAUAUGGUUCUCGGAGCACUGUGGGGCUGGUCUAGCCCCUCAGAGCACCACUUCAGCUCUUCCUCUACCCGGCAUCCUCACUGUUUAGGCCGGGCACUGAAAUCCCAUCCAUGUGCCAGAGAGAGUACAGUCAGCGCAUGCGCAUUUCAGAUCUCAAAACGGGGAGCCUGCUUUAAAGAUCUGAACUGCGCAUGUCUCAUCUGUACUCUCGAUGGAUCUUAGAGCAGGGACAGCUGUCACUACUUUGAGAUUCGAUCUGUGCAUGUGAUGACUGUACUCUUACCAGUGCAUUCUCAAGAUUUUACAGCCAGGCAUCUGAAAAGCAAAGAUUCUUGGCCCAGUCAAUCAGUAUGGGAGAGGAAGUGGCGACUGGGGCAUUGAGGAGGUGAAGCGAUGCUAGGCUAGGCCCAUUCCUUGGUGAUCUGAGCACUUAAUUUACAUAAAAAUAAAAGUACACAUUUCUGUAAAGUGACACCUAUGAUUGUGUCAUUGCACUCAGCAUGAUCAACUCAGCAUACUGCCUGGUUUAUUAGGGUUUAUGAUGCUGGCAGCUGGUCUUUAAUAAUUUGCUAAAUUAGUCAUUUUCUGCACCUCUUUGACAAAUAGUGAUGAGCGGCAGGGGUCAUAUUCGAAUUUGCAAUGCCCGGAAAGCUGUCCGCAUGGCGAUCCCCAAGAUGGCACCGACGGAUGACAUUGAAACCUACCUGGCGAUGUUCGAGAAGGUGGCCGUGAGGGAGAGUCUACCCCGGGACCAGUGGGCUGAGGUCAUCCCACCGUUCCUGGCAUCAGGACCCCAACAGGUUUACUUUGCUUUACCGGAUGAGCAAGCGGCAGACUACUAUAAGGUCAAGGGUGAGAUCCUGGCGAGACUGGGGGUGAAUGUGUUAGUCCGGGCCCAGCGGGUGCAUCAGUGGGGGUUUAACCCGGCUGAGCCAGCAAGACCCCAGUAUUAUAAUUUGCUGCAUUUCUUGCAAAAAUGGCUACCACCUGACGUACUGAGUCUCACUGCUAUGCUGGACUGUAUUGUAGCUGAGAAAUUCUGGAGGGCAUUGCCACCACCCCUCCAGCGCUGUGGAGAUGGUGGACCUAGUCGAACGGUAUGGGGCUACUGAGGAACUCCAGGGGGAACGGUGUAACAAAAUCCAGAAAAUCCAUUCCCCACCCCAGACCCAGUGGCCUGAGCUGAGAAAGACCGCACGGGAUGUGCCCUUUGGGAAUCGGAACCUGAUAAUCUGCUGGCGGGGUCAUGAGCCCGGCCAUAUACGGGCCGACUGUCCCCACCUGGUCGAGCCCAUGGACGUAAACUUUGGGUAUCAAGACUCAUGGUAUGCCAGAAGGGUCGGUGCGUUAGACACUCCAGAAACUCUCAAUAACGAACCUUUGUGUCAGGUGGAGGUGGGAGUCACUCCCGUGGUGGUUGUGCUGGACUCAGGGAGUCGGGUGACCCUUGUGAGGGCUUUCCUGGUGCAACCCACCGAGUUUACAGAACGGAAAGUCGGGGUGCUCAGCAUGCAUGGAGAUUUAAAGGAGUACCCCACUGCUCUGGUGUACCUAAGCACGUGUGUCGGCAGGCAGAUCCAUGAGGUGGCCGUAACCAACAGCAUGCACUAUAAAGUGAUACUAGGAAGAGACUUUACGUUGUUCCCAGCCCUGUGGCUGGCCGUUGUACAUACUGAUCCCCGGGAGAUAGGGAAAGCUCCAGUAGCGAGGCCUGGCCUAGUUGUGUUAGAACACCAGAAACCCAAGGUAGAGGGGCCCACGGUAGGUCCAGUGGGUGAGGGGGAGACAAUCCCACUGAAUAGGAUAGGUAGGGAGCAUAGGAAGAUAGCUCAGCCAGCCCAGAAUCGGGCCUAUAAUCGAGCAUCUGGGGUCCGUAACUGUAGCCAGGGAGAUCCGGUUUUGGUUUUUGGGCCUCCUGCCGACAGUAAGUUCCUCGCUAGGUAGCAGGGGCCCUACAAAACAUCGUAGAAAGUUGGAGACACAAAUUACAAGGUACGCCAGCCAGGUCGGCAAAAGCUGAGGCAGGUCUACCAUGUCAAUUUACUAAAACCUUGGAAGGUUAGGAAGACCUGUACUGAGAACAGCCCGCGGCUGUUCUAGGAGAAGAGAUUCCGGUCCCUCUGCUACAGGGGAAGCGGCUGCCACAGAAAAGAUUACUGACAGCCUUUUCCGCUAAACAGACUCAGGGGGCCAGGGAGUUUGUUAGUCGGAACACGGAUGUAUUCUCUGACCUCCCUGAACGCCCUUCCGUAACCCACCGUGAUAUUGUCACUGAGCCCCAGGCAAAAGUCUGGUUAAAGCCGUACCGUGUGCCCGUGGCUCGGUGGCAAGCCAUCUCUGAAGGAGUAAUAUGCGCUUGGCUGCAGCCUGUCACCACCUGGACAAAGAGAAAAAUUCCCGGGUCACCAGAUGGCUCUGGUCACUGCAGAACUUUGAGUUCACGGUGGAGCACAGAGCAGGCCGGUUGCAGGGAAACGUGGAGGCACUGUCCCAGGUGCACUGUUUAUGCAUGUGUUCACCCCCUUAAGGUUGAACAAAGGGUAAGGUAUGUGACACAGUAAAGGGAAUUGUAUGUGGAGGCAGGUAUUUUCCUCCCAGUAUGUGCUGCUGGACUAAUUAGCAGUCAGGUAAGGUCAAACAACGGACUGGAUCGCCUUUAAAAGACAGCUGGGUUCAUGCAGAGGGGAUUUCUGUAUUGGGAUCUGAGGCUUGUGCCGGGAAGGAGGGCUGAGACCCAUAUGAGGGGAAACAGGCUGACUAAAGCCUGCUGAUGGACUCUUGUUGGCAGAACAGGCCACAUGGUGUGAACUGACACCAAUACUGCAAGGUGACCUUUUUGCUUGAAAGUGUUUUUUUUUGUUCUGUGAACUUUCUAACGUGUGAAUAAACACUGAACUUCUGAUAGAUGGAUAUCAGAUAGAUAGACUGACAUAUAGGUAUGCAUGGAUAGAUAUUAGAGAUAAAUUGUUACAGUAUGAGGAUAUGUAACACACCAGAGUGAUGUUACCACUUCUGCACCUUGCUUAUAUCUUUUAUGGUCUAACCUUUAUGUCACCUAUAUAUUUAUUUCCAGGUCACUCAACACUGUGCAUUUAUAAUAUUGUUAUGUAACUGUUCAUUUCAUGUGCCUGGUUCACCAGCAGGUGGCAGCGUUUCUGGCAGAGCUAUCUUAGAUAGAAUGGAACUUACCAUUCCAUCCCCCCAGAGAGAAGUAGGCUAGUCCUACUUCCUGCAAGAAGGGUGGGGACCAAUUAGAGUUAGUUUAGUUUACCCCGUGCAAGGGGAAGGCUGUGCAGGGGCACGUCUUUACUGGCCCACUCCAGCCAGAGCACCUUAAGCUCUGCUGGCCAUGCAGGCAGAAGCCUAAAGCCUCAGGAGCCAGGAGUAAAUUUCCUUGGCUUACGAUAAGAACGGCUAAAAAGUGAAGUGCAUCAUAAAGAAGAAGCCAAGUUAUUCAAUCAGCUUGUCAGUACAGCAGAGUGAGAGAAGGAUAGAGCAGAGUUGAGUUUGCCUGCCAGUUUAAUGCUAAAUCCUGCUAGAACCAAGACAAAACCUGUGAAAUGCUUGAAGAAAUGUUUAUUAAAAGUAAA